UUGUUUGCGUUUCUCUCUGUCUCUCUUCUUCUCUCAGUGUCGUUUGCAGACGUGGUUGCCGCCAGUAAUGCACCUCGCGACCGAUUCACCAUCUACAAUGAAGCCGUUCUUGCCAUCUAUUCCUACUCAUGGUUCCAUUUCACCUUCUGUCUCUCUAGUCUUUACAUGAUGACUCAACUCACGAACUGGUACAAUCCCGAACUCUCAAACAUUCACACCGUCCUCGAGUCCUGGGCAAACAUGUGGAUGAAGUUGCUGUCAGCCUGGCUUGCCCUCCUCCUCUACGCGUGGACCAUCUGUUGCAUGCGUUUUUGCAUCGGUCGCAAUCUCAUUCAGACCCCGUUGGCUCCGACUGUUCACUGGUCGUCGGAGGCUGAGACUGUAGCUGUGGAAAAUGUUGGUGGCGGUGAUCAGCCACCGGCGGUGUGA